GGCCCGUGAGUGGGAGCAGCAUGCCGCCGCCCGGCCUCUGGUGCGCGGGGCUGCGGCUGAGUUGCGGCAUGAGCCAGUGCGUUUUGGAGCCCCGGCUCCCGGGGAAGCGGUGGCUGGUGGCUGGCCUGGGGAACCCCGGACUGCUGGGCACGAGGCACAGCGUGGGUAUGGCAGUGCUGGGGCAACUGGCGCGGCGGCUGGGGGUGUCUGAGAGCUGGGUCCGCGACCGUCGCUGCGCCGCCGACCUCGCCCUGGCCUCACUUGGGGAUGCCCAGCUGGUCCUGCUUCGGCCGCGGCGUCUCAUGAAUUCCAAUGGGCGCAGCGUGGCCCAGGCUGCCGAGCUGUUCGGGCUGACUGCCGAGGAGGUCUACCUGGUGCAUGAUGAGCUGGACAAGCCCCUGGGGAAGCUGGCUCUGAAGCUGGGGGGAAGCGCCAGGGGCCACAAUGGAGUUCGUUCCUGCAUUAGCUGCCUCAACUCCAGUGCAAUGCCACGGCUGCGGGUAGGCAUCGGGCGCCCGACGCACCCUAACGCGGUGCAGGCGCACGUGCUGGGCUGCUUCUCCCCUUCGGAGCAGGAGCUGCUGCCUCCAUUGCUGGAGCGCGCCACAGACCUGCUCCUGGACCACAUCCGUGAGCGAAGCCAGGGGCCCUUGUCAGGCACCUGACACCAGUGGACGCGGCUGCCAUGCCCACACACCCGGCCACGCCCACAGAGGUGCCACAGCAGCCUGUGGUGUCUACUUUUUAUAUAGCUGGUCUUGGCUGCUCCGGGCCUUCUACCGACUGAAGGGGACUGUGGCUGGACGGGUCCAUUCUUGGGGUAGGCAGUCGGUCUUCUUUCCAAGUCUCACUUAGAAAGUAGGGAAACUUCAGGGCAACUGAACUUUUUGAUCAUUUUUGGGGGAUCAGAGAUGUGGAUCUGUAAGAUUGAAGAUGCCUGCUUGGAAGCUCUUCCGGGGGCUCCUGCCCUCCCCUUCCCUGUGGAGGAGGGACGGGCCCUCAGGGCCCAGCAAGCCCCCUUCCCAGGGGCUGUGUGGGUGUGCCUUGGCCCAGGGAGGCCUUGCCACACCUUUCUUUGGCUCAUUUCACAGGCGGGGAAGUGGAGGCUUGGAGAGGUCUAGCCACGUCCCCAGGGCUACACAGCUGCCGUGUGGCUGAGCUGUGAUAGGCACCCAGGGCGGGCCGCCAUCUUGCUGUCCCCGGGGCUCCGGGUACACUCACCUCCCCGUUCCUGUGUGAGUGGAGUGCUCUCAUACGGGUGGCGUGUGACAGCAGCCUCAGGUCCUCAGGGUUGGGUGGGAUGUGGGCCCGUCGGGGCACCAGGCCCAGGUCUCCCAGCUGGUAGCGCUUGAUGGCCGACAGCUGCUGCUGCAGAGACCUGGCCUUGGGCCACUGGGUGCUGCACUGGGUGCUGCUGUACUGGCUGCGGGGAGGGCGCCCGUGUCAUCACCUCCGUUUCAUGGGUGGGAGAGCUGCAGUUCAGAAGGGCUUCGGGGAGCCCAGAUUCUGGCCCAGGGUCAUUGAGGACAGCCCUUGGACAUGUCCCGUAACUGCUUCUGGGGUCACACGAAGUCACUCACCUCUCCUUAGGGCCCCGGGACUGGCUUUUCAUUGGGGACCUUAGGCCAGUGGCUGAGCCGAGCAUGGCCAGCAGCUGCUGUAGCAUCUGCCUGUGCUGCAGGUGGUACCCUACGUCAAAGUCGCCGUCCUCUUCCUCUGGUGGCCUCUGCCGGUAGGGGUCAGGGUGGGCCCGUGGGGGGUCAGGCCCCUGGUGGCCCCAACACCCACCUCUGGUAACUCCAACCCCUAGUGCCUGUCUCCACAGUGUUCCCUGGCUGUGGUGGGUACCCACUCUCCAAAUGGGAAGACUGAGGCUCGUGGCCUUCCAGGGAGCUCCAAGAGGGACUCCAUCCAGUUCUUUCAGACCCGCAGAAUCAGAUAAGGACAGACUUGCCAGGAGUCUCCCAGGGGAGAGUUGGGGCCUCCGGCCCUGGCCGGGGCUUCUCUGCAUGGCCCAGCUACCUGUGGGCAGUUCCUGUCUUUGAUCUGCUCCCCCCCACUCCCAACUGUCACCCACUUCCCGUUCACCUGCAGGAUGUCCUGUAGGAAGGCAGCGGCCUGGUCCAGGGCCGUCUCCAGGCUUGCCCGAACCUUCCGCUCUUCGGUCAGCUCCUGCUGCAGCUGCUGCGCCUUGGCCUGCUGCAGUUCCGCCUGCAGGUUCAGCUGGUCCCUCUGGCACCUGGUCCCGGACCAGAUGAGUCAGUCACCUCCCGGUUCCAGGGCGAUGGGCCCUGACGUUGCCCUUUAGCCCACAGGGACCCUCAUCCAGCCCCAGGCCUCAGCCUGUUUGACAGAGGAAGCCUUGAGGCCCCUCUGGAGAGGGGAAGUCACUGGCCUGUGUCAUGUGGCCAUGAAGAGAUGGGCUCCCGCCUGCUCCCACCGCUCCCCCCUCUGCGGGCCACACCUCAGGGCCUCCUUGUCCUUCUGCAGCUGCAGGAGGUUCUGCUCCAGCUGGCUCAGCAGGAGGCCCAGCUGCUCAGCCUCCUCUCUGCCCUGCUGCUCCUUGCGGCACUUCUGGGUGAGCCUGAGGAUGACCUGUGGGAGCAUACAGGUGGCAUGCCUGGGCCCACUGCGGGCCGCAGCCAGUCCCGCUCCCCCAGCCCCAGACUCCGCCAGGGCGCCCACCCCACCGCACAGAGAGGCCACCUCUCUGGGCAGCAGUUGGACAGAGCCCCCAGCUCUCCGUGUGUGGGUUCCACUCCAACAUGUUACGGGGCUUGCAAUCAAGUCAAGAACAACCAGAGCUGGGGCCAGCACCCCGGAGCCCCCGCCAAGAGGGUCCGUCCCCUCACAGCUGCCUCCCUCAUGACUCUGCUCCAGGGCAGGGCCCCUGUGGCCCCCCUGCGGUGAGGGCCUGGCCAGCUCACCUGCCGGUAGUCUCUGCGGUGUGUGGCCAUGGCCUUCACAAUGUCCUCCAGCAGCUCCAGCUGUUUGGACAUCUUGUCCCGGGUGCCCUUGAGCUGGUCGUUCUCCUGCAGCAGCCUCAUGCCGUGCCUGGAGACCUUGGACAGCUGCAGGGUCACUGUGUUGUUCUCCAGGAUGGCCCGCUUCGUCGUGUCCCACAUCUGGUCCGUGGCCACCUUGCGGAACUCGGUGGCCACCAUGUUCAGGCGCUGAAUGACUUCCUUCUUCACUCUAGUCAGGACGGGGGAGGGGAGGGGGUCGGCAGAGCGGGCGCAGACCUCAGGCACCCCCGUCCUGCGUGGGGGUUCCCGGAGCAUGCAGGGCCACCUCUGCUCUUCCCCCAGGAGGGGCGGGCUGUGGGCGGCAGGCUGCUCAUUGCACACCCUGGUACCUUUCGGAUUGUAACCAAAUCAGUGUAUUACCCAUGAAUGAAAUAAACAUGACGUAGUCCACAAAA